AUGAGAACAUAGUCAAAUUAUAGAAUUCAUUACACUCCAAUAAUUUUUUUCUAUUCCUAUUUCCAGGAAACAGUAUGUUCAUAGGUCAUAUUGUCACAAUGAACACCUUUUCUUUAUUAGACUGUUUUUAAGAUUACCUUCCCUCUCAUCUGUUGUAUUGUUACAGAAUCGAAACGACUAAUCCAGGAGAGUUGGAAUUUUAACCAGAACAUCUUCGUGAAAAAUAAAAUAUUAUUAUUAGAUUUCUAGUAGUGCUAACUAUAUUACUGGAAAGAAAUAAGAAGCGAAUUGAGGUUUAGUCAUUUUGAUGCCGAAAGUCGAAGUCUCAAUCUGAAAAAUACAACAAGUUAUAAAAUGUAACUAUAGAGUAAACCGUCUAACAUACUUCGAGUACUUCGGGGUAAUUAGAGGCACUAUUUGAAGUUUUUCGUCCGUUUUUUGCUAUUUCUUGACCGUUUUUGAUCGGGAAAAGUUGCUAUUGAACAUGGUGGUAGAUCGAACAUUUUUCUACACGUUCAUGUAAAAAUCUCUUGAAAAUCUCAGGCCAAUUUUGAGCCAGAUCCAAAAUGCGAAGAGCCCCAUCAAAGUGUCUCUAGUUACCCCUUACGGACUAAUUAGAGACACUUCACUUAUACUCUUGGGGUAAAUAGGGACACUCUAGGGGUAACACUUUCUCUUUCUUUCCCAAAAAAAGGAAAGUAAAAAUUGACUUUUCUUUCUUUCGGGAAAGGAAAGUUUUUUACUUUCCCGCUUCCCUUUCAGAAAAAAAUAGAAAGAAAAGUAUGAUAUAACUUUCUUGUAUGUUUUCCUCCAUGAAGAAAACACUUUAUUGCAAAACCAAGCCCAUAUUCAUGAUCAGCGGCGACAGAUCCACCACGACUCUUCCAUAAAUUUUUGAAAAUAGAUUUUAAAGAAACUAAACUUUAAAGAACUAACAAAGCAACUGGUGUUACUGGUGAUUGUUUUACUUCAACCUACUUUUCGAACUCAAUCUCACAUUGCACCCUAGCACCAACUCCACCACACACUACCAAAGGUGCCCACAUAUUACUACGCAGAAUUCGCGGAAGAAUCCGGGUCCUGUUCUCGGAACUAUCGGUUCGCUGAAGCGUUGUUUGCAGGAAAGUCGUGUCACGAUAGUAACGUUCAUACUAAAGUGCUGUCUGUACAAAUCAGUAUUCAAUACGAACUAUGCAUGGAUAUUCUCUUUUCGUUCUGCUCUUGUUUAUUCUUCUGACAUAUGAAAAUAAGAAAAAUCAGAGAAAGAAAUGAGUAUAUUCAGAACGGAGAAAAAAUGGCGAACGCUAACAUAGGUCACUAUUUUUACAUCAACACUAACGAACCAGCUAGAUCAAUUCACUCUGUUAUCUCCUUUUUACCUACUUUUUGCUUUCUCUUUUCUAGACAGCAGUAUUUAUGGUCGUAGUAAAUUACAUCAUUUCUUUUUGCUUUUCAUUUUCUGUUAUGUUUUGCUUUUGAAGUACAUGAUGUUGAGUGUUUUUUUUUGUUUUGUUCUGAUAACUGUCUGAAACUUAUUCUUGUGUGAGAAAAAAUAUUUUCUUUCUUACAUUCAUUUAGAAGAACCGAACAAAGGAAAAAGAAUAGCUAGUGCAACAACAAAUAAAGCAUAGGAUUCAUGGUCAUUAAAGAAGCGAGUAGUGCUGUCCAGUUCAGAGAUCUUCGAAUCACAUUGAACUUCUCGUGUCCUACAACCCAUACAUAAAAAAAGAAAAGAGUUAAUACAGAUUGUGAGAGAAGUCGCGGAUUAUUUGAGAACACUAGACGAACGUUGGCUGAUCAUAACCUGCUUGCAUAAAGUAUGCUGCCGAAAUUAAACUAUUUGACGAUUUCUUCACUGGAAGAUGCGAGGAAUGUAUGAGUGAUUAAUCCGAAUAUGUUGUUACGAUGUGCUUAGUUAAUAUGUUUGCAAAUAUCUAUUAUUUUUCAGAGUGUACUGACUUGAUCUCGAACAAUUAUUUUUAAAUGUUAUUGAUAAAGGUCUACUUUUAUUCUAAUUUCCAAAAAGCUCCAAAAAUGACUUCAGACAACAAAAGAAAGUUUUGAUAACUAUCUAAAAAGUAAAAACCCGAAGCAACUUAUAACGACAUAAAAGAACACAAAACCAAAAUUAAAACACAUUAAAAAACUCCAUUAACAUAAGAAUGAACAAACAAAUAUUAAACAUCACACAACGACAUAAUCGCAAUAAGUUUUCUUUAUCUAUCAUCCUAGAAAAGUCUAAAAAAAUCCAACGCAUUGCACAGCAAAAAAGCUUUUUUUUUUUAAUGUUUUUAUCAAUGUUAAUCAUAAACUUCAGCUAUUUUUUACCACUUGUAUUAGUACCAGAAACACACCCAGAGCCAGAACCACCACUCGUAUUAGUACCAGAAGCAGAACCAGAGCUAGAACCACCGCUUGUAUUACUAUCUGUUGGACAUUGA